GUAUGGAUAGCACGCAGCAACAAAGGCAAUCGCGCACCGCGGAAGUUGAUGAAGAAGAGGACGGGCGUGACGUGAAGAUGCACCUAGACGGGAACGUGGAUCUGAAUGAAAAGGCAAAAAAACGUGGAUCACUGAUGGACAUCGAGCAGGAAACUGCUGUUUGUCCUCGGAAGAUGGAAGCCGGUGUAAACAACAACGAGUCGCAGAAUGUGUCGGGGCUAAAGAUUUGGGAUCGGUACGUGGUGCACGGGCUUAUUGACAAGGGCACAUUCAGCACGGUCUCACUGGCCACGUUGAGGAAAGAGCAGCAUCUGCCGUUCGAUAAGCGACGCCAGUUCGCGAUCAAACUGAUCACGCAGACGAGCCAUCCGUCACGGAUCGAGCGCGAGAUUCUUUGCAUGAAGAAGAUCGGUGGCCAGCGUAACGUGGUCGGUCUGGUCGGUGGGUUCCGAUUGGAGGGUGAGGUAGCGCUCGUAAUGAACUACAUUCCGCAGGAACCGUUCCACCUUUACUACGCGCAGCUAACGGCCGCCGAGGUGCAGCGCUUCCUGCAGCAACUGUUGAUCGCCCUCGAGUGGGUGCAUCUGCACGGUGUGAUUCAUCGGGAUGUAAAACCGAGCAACUUCCUGCAUAGUCCGCGUAAUGGUGGUAGCUCCUACAUCUUGGUCGACUUUGGACUUGCGCAGGAAACGGAUAAAGGUGCACUGUCAUUGCGCACACCUGUCGUUCCUCGCAGGCCUGCAGGCCAGCUGGAAGAUCAGGUCGUCCCCCGGCAUCAGGAGACGGUCGUGGUGCGCAAUCCUUUGAAAAGACCGGGCGGUACCGGUAAUACCGCCACCCACCCAUUAAAGCUCUCGAAUAGCAGUGCGACGAAGGAUGUGGGCGAUGUACCGCUCGCUCGGCAAACCAAAUCGGUCGCCGCUGCCAUUGGCAAUGGACUGAAGCAUCGCCGCACGGCGGUGGUAGCGCCUUACACGAAGGAUCUCAAAACGGGUGGUAAUGGUGCGUCCUGCAAACUCCCAACAUGCAGCUGCUCCGGCCGGCCACAGGUCUGCAAUGAAUGCUUGGUGCAGGCGGAAAUGAAUGCACCACGGGCAGGUACGCCGGGCUAUCGGCCACCGGAGGUUUUGCUGAAGUAUCCGAACCAGACAACAGCUGUCGACAUCUGGGCAGCUGGUGUCAUCUUUCUGAGCCUGCUGAGCAAGUGUUAUCCGUUCUUUGACAACGUGGACGAUAAUACUUCGCUGGCGCACAUGAUUGAGGUGUUUGGGUUCCAGCGCCUACAGGAAACGGCCCACGCCCUUGACCGUAGGCUACACGGUACGCCGGAAACAAUGGAAAAGCAGCCGUACAAUUUGCGACGCAUUUGUCAGCAUUUCCGUAAUAUCCACCAACAGCGCGCGAUGGGUUCGGGUGGUGAGACAGGUGGUGCGCCGGCCGGUAGCUCUAGCCCACCGUCCGGUCGGUGUGAUGAGGAUAACUUUGGUUGCGACAACUGUUGCAAACCGCUGGAUAGCUGUCUGUGUCAGAACCGACGGCACGGGGCCGAUGGUUCGGAUGGGCAUUCCUCACGCGAGGCGGAAUGCGAUGAAUACGGUCCGGAUGCUUACGAUCUGCUGGAACGGUUGCUCGAAACAAACCCGCACGCACGUAUUAGCGCCACGGAAGCGUUGCAGCAUCCUUACUUUCAAGUCCAGUACUGA